AUCCCCACACAGCUCGCCUGCCUGGUGGCCGUGGUCGUCGCCGACAGCUACAAGACGCCCAUCCCGAUCCUCAAGGACGACCGCACACAGAACGCCUACGGCGAGUACACCUUCGACUUCGAGACUGGAAACGGCAUCGCCAGGAACGAGGCCGGAAAACAGGCUGAUGGCCAGGAGUCCUCGGGAGGAUGGAGCUACACCGCUCCCGAAGGCGUGCCCAUCAAGCUCAGCUUCACCUCCGGUGUGGGCGGCUACCAGCCCGUGGGCGACCACCUCCCCGUGGCACCCACGCCAGUGCCUCUUCCCUACGAACGUCAGGACUACUAAAUCUAUCGG